AUGGAAUCGUCCCAACCCACCUCGCGCAUCUCCCCAACAACCGGCCCGGCCCUGUGCUCGCUGUGCGCCCGCAAGAACCUCCCGUGUGAAGGGGUUGGCCAGCAGCGGUUUAGAUUCAAACACCAGCCGGCCUCGCUCUCCGUCGUGAACCGGCAGCACGCCGCGGCUCCUGCGCGCGUCGCCAGCCCGCCCAGCAACGCCGCGAGCAAGCUGGCCGACUCCAUCGUCGGUCUCUUUGAGGCGCGUCAUCCCGGAUAUAAUCUAGGUGCCAUAGUGAGGAAGUCUACUGUCCAGCACAUUGGCCACUCCCCGGUGCUUGAUGCGUCUCUUGCGGCAUUGGUUGGCAUUGUAGAGUCCCUGGCGCCAGUGGGAUCAUCCUCAUCAUUAUCGCGGCUGCAACUGUGCCGCUCAAGCACCGGGCCUCUUCACAAGUACACGUCUGCUCUGGGCGCGCUUCGCGAGAGCUUGGAUAACCCCGUCAUCCGGUACCAGAGGGAUACCCUUCUCGCCGUGUUUGUGCUUUCCUCCUGCCACAUGUGGCUGGUUGACGGUGCUGAUGAGUCUCGCGGCCAUAUGGACGGGCUGGCGCACUUGAUCACCGCCGUGUUGAAUAAAGAUGUACAACUGCAAGAUCAAGCUCAGUUUUCCGACGACGCUCUGAAACUUUCUGCAAUACAACUGGUGUUUGAUGCAACGGCCGAGCCGCGCCAUCUAGCGCCUCGGCCAUGGCACAAGUGCGAGACGAAGAAGCCGCUCUGGCCGUACGACUUCUACUGUCUUGACAUCAGCGUGUACCUGAUUAUACCGCAGCUGCUGCGACGCCCGAGGGAAAACAUGCAAUCAAUCGAAUUGAUAUACAACAUGAUCAGGCGCGCCUAUCCAAGAUGCGUUAAAGAUGUAAACCCAAUGCAUGAAUUGGCCGUCGAGGAUAAACUAGAACACGACGCCUUUAUGCAGGCCAUCCAAGUGGAAGCACAGUCGCUUCACAUCGCCAUCGGCCUCAACUUCAAUGCCUUUUUACGCGCAUCGGGCAGAGACUUUGAUGACAGGCAACUAGCAGAGGACCGGGCCGCAUUCUGCGCCGAUGCCGCCACGCUGGCGGAAAAAUCCAAGUCUCAGCUCCCGUUGAGCGCACACCACAUUCCUCUGUCCACAAUUGCGGCAUGGUGUACCGCAGAGCAAGGUUCUGAUUUGAAAAUCAGGCUACGCCGGCUGCUGGAAGAUUACCGCGCUUCUUACGCCAUGAUACAUGUCUUGCAUUCUGCUCCUUACUGGCGGGAAGCCCCGGAAAAACUGAGCCGUGAGAUUCCUUGGUUCCCGAAAUAUAUCGGCAGUCCACGAGAAAGGACGAUAGUGACGGAGGAUAAGAGUGACGAGUUUGACGCAGAAAUGUACGAGUAUUGCUGCAUUUUAUAA